UGUGAAGAUCUUGUGUUCAGUCUUGUUUUAUAAACUAGUAUUAUAUGUUUUAUCCUUGUAUAAUGAGAAAGGUAGAGAUGGCAGGAUUACAGCUAACUAUAGACCUUACAUGUCGUCUGGAUCUUCUCACAGUUUUCUGGUCAGUAGAGACUGCUGGUUGGAAUAAGGAACCACCUAGAUGCAUAUAUACAGGAGACCUGCAGAUAUGUUUGGGUCAGACAAUGAAACAUGGCACAUGCAGAUCCACUGUGUCUCUUGAACAGAUUUGACAUGGUUCUGCUCCAAAGUGUGUUAGAUAAGUGACCCCCUUCCCUCCACUUUAUCCCCUGUACAGGGAUCUGGACUUUGUUGCAGGGGAACCACUAGGCUGCUGCACUUGAAGUAGUUUCUGUACAAGUGACUGGUGACCCACGGGGUCAGGAAAGGCAGAAUACAUGGAGUCCGAUAAAUGGUCCGUUGUCAGGGCAAGCAGCUCAGGAUCAGAACGGAGAUCAGGCAAGGGUCAGGACAGGUCAGACAGCAAAGGGUCCAAUCUAGAAGUCAGGCAGAAGUCUGUACACAGAACAGGCAAGCAAGAUUUGCAUGAGACUAGCAUACUAGAACCUACUGAUCAGGCUCCUUUCCAUGGCUUGUAGAGAUCAGAGUGCGUGCAUGCCGGCCCUAUAAGAGCCAGAGAUAGUGUGUGCACACAUGACCUAUGGGCAGAGAAGGUCAUUAUCGGCAGGAAGCAGGCCUCAGCUUGUGUGGGAGGACAGCGUUAUUCCAGCAGCCGGGACCACUGGGAAGGGAGAGAGGGAUGUCUGUGGGACUGGACCACUGGAGCCCUAAAGCUAUGGAGCAGCUUUUAAAUCUGGGUAAAGAUCUCACCAAUAUUACGGCUGAAGAUACAUAUGUGAGGGGCGAUGAGCAGAUCAUAGAUGACAUUCCCACCGAUAACCACCCAGAUGACUGUACCAGGAGCUCAGAAAAACACGUGAUAUCAGAUUUUAGAACAGAUGAUUGUCGUGUUACAGCAGAUACACAUGAAGAGCAUGCCAUUAUCUCAGAUGUACCCUCAGCCGUUCGCAGCAAAGGUCUAUUAUCUGAUCCUUUGGAUGGAUUUCAAUCUUCUGAUUCAUCACAGACUGUUAAGCAAAAUAAAAGCCACAGAAGAAGUGUUCAUCAUCAAAGAAGUCACACAAGGGAAAAUGUUCUUUCAUGUUCAGAAUGUGGGAAAUGUUUUCAGCAGAAAUCAGAUCUUAACCAUCAGAGAAUUCACACAGGGGAGAAGCCAUUUUGUUGUUUAGAAUGUGAGAAAUCUUUCAUAAAGAAAUCAAAUCUAGUUGUACAUCACAGAAUUCGCACAGGGGAGAAGCCAUUUUCCUGUUCAGAAUGUGAUAAACAUUUUAACUCUAAAUCACAUCUUGUUAGACAUCAGAGAAUUCAUACAGGGGAGAAGCCAAUUUCUUGUUUAGAAUGUGGGAAAUCUUUCUCACAGAAAUCAUAUCUUACUAUACAUCAGAGAAUUCACACAGGGGAGAAGCUAUUUUCUUGUUUAGAAUGUGGGAAAUCUUUCUCACAGAAAUCAUAUCUUACUAUACAUCAGAGAAUUCACACAGGGGAGAAGCUAUUUUCUUGUUUAGAAUGUGGGAAAUGUUUUAGUGAUAAAUCUACUCUUGUUAGACAUCAGAGAAUUCACACAGGGGAGAAGCCAUUUUCUUGUUUAAAAUGUGGGGAAUCUUUCAUAGAUAAAUCAAAUCUAGUUGCACAUCAGAAAAUUCACACAGGGGAGAAGCCAUUUUCUUGUUUAGAAUGUGGGAAAUCUUUCUCACGCAAAUCAUAUCUUACUAUACAUCAGAGAUAUCACACAGGGGAGAAGCUAUUUUCUUGUUUAGAAUGUGGGAAAUCUUUCUCACAGAAAUCAUAUCUUACUAUACAUCAGAGAAUUCACACAGGGGAGAAGCUAUUUUCUUGUUUAGAAUGUGGGAAAUCUUUCACACGCAAAUCAUAUCUAACUGUACAUCAGAGAUAUCACACAGGGGAGAAGCUAUUUUCUUGUUUAGAAUGUGGGAAAUGUUUUAGUGAUAAAUCUACUCUUGUUAGACAUCAGAGAAUUCACACAGGGGAGAAGCCAUUUUCUUGUUUAAAAUGUGGGGAAUCUUUCAUAGAUAAAUCAAAUCUAGUUGCACAUCAGAAAAUUCACACAGGGGAGAAGCCAUUUUCUUGUUUAGAAUGUGGGAAAUCUUUCUCACGCAAAUCAUAUCUUACUAUACAUCAGAGAUAUCACACAGGGGAGAAGCUAUUUUCUUGUUUAGAAUGUGGGAAAUCUUUCUCACAGAAAUCAUAUCUUACUAUACAUCAGAGAAUUCACACAGGGGAGAAGCUAUUUUCUUGUUUAGAAUGUGGGAAAUGUUUUACUGAUAAAUCAACUCUUGUUAGACAUCAGAGAAUUCACACAGGGGAGAAGCCAUUUUCUUGUUUAGAAUGUGGGAAAUCUUUCAUAAAUAAAUCAAAUCUAGUUGCACAUCAGAGAAUUCACACAGGGGAGAAGCCUUUUUCUUGUUUAGAAUGUGGGAAAUCUUUUAUAAAUAAAUCAAUUCUAGUUGCACAUCAGAGAAUUCACACAGGGGAGAAGCUAUUUUCUUGUUUAGAAUGUGGGAAAUGUUUUACUAAUAAAUCAUCUCUUGUUAGACAUCAGAGAAUUCAUACAGAGGAGAGGCCAUUUUCAUGUUCAGAAUGUGAUAAACAUUUUAACUCUAAAUCACAUCUUGUUAGACAUCAGAGAAUUCAUACAGGGGAGAAGCCAUUUUCUUGUUUAGAAUGUGGGAAAUCUUUCCCACGGAAAUCAUAUCUUACUGUACAUCAAAGAAUUCACACUGGAAAGAAGUGAUUUUAUUGUUCAGAAUGUGAUAACUAGAGAUGAGCAAACUUUUGAAAAAUGUAUUCUGCAGCUUGGUCAAAGUUCAACAAGAAAUUUGAUUUGUUCCGAAUUAAUUUGUCACGGAUCAAUAGGUUAAAACCCCAUUUAGCCUAUCAAUCAAUGAGACCAUUUUUAACUGCCUUUGACUGAAGUGCACCCGUCUAACAGCCAUUAAACAUGGUAAUACACUCAUAUGCACAUAUGGCCUUUUGGAUAAAAAUAAAUAAAUAUCUCACCUUAUCUGUAAUGACCCGGAGUGCCAU